AUGAGUCUUCGAAAAGCUCUCACAGAACUUAAGGAAGCUUUUGAUGCAGGAUUCAUAAAUCAGAGAGAAUACGAUUCAAAUCGUAGAGGUAUAAUAGAUCAAUGGAUAUCGCAACUACAAUCAAAACCUCUUACACCACAAACUCCUGCACCAUCGCCUGCACCACCGACAUUGUGGGAAAGAUUUCUCGACAUGGCAAGAUCCUUCAAAAGAAAAUUGGAAGACCGCAUUAAAGAAUUCUUUAACAAACUCAUCGGCCAAUGA